AUGCAAGCAGAUCAAAUAAGCUCCGACUUUAGAAAUUUCAAAGUAGAUGCUGCCUCGCAAACUGAAGAAAAGCAAAUUAACAGAGCUUUUCAAUGUAGCAUAAAUAAUGAAAUUUCAAUAGACUCUCCACAAAACUUUGGUUUUGAUAAACAUCAGAUCGCACCAGAACAGAAUAAAAUACCAGUUUUGGUUAGUAAUGUGUCAAAUACGGAAGCCCAUGUAGUUUUUACAUCAAAAAUAUCUUGCCCUGUCUGCUUAAAUGCUUAUGAUGAGCGUGACUUUAUUCCUAAAAUUUUAAGUUGUGGCCACACACUUUGUAAUGAUUGCUUGCAAAGCAUUAACAACUUAGGGCUAAUUGCAUGCCCUCUAUGCAAAAAACAAGAGAGGAGGUCAAUAUUCAAUAUUCCUACCAAUUUUUCAAUAUAUGAAGUGAAUAAAGCUUAUAAGCACGUUGAAUUUUGCGAGCUACAUAAUAGAGAAGCGGGACUUUACUGUAAAACUGAUCAUACUCUAUUAUGUUUCGACUGUAUAAAAUCUCAUGUAAAUCAUGAACUAUAUUCACUUUCUGAUUGACAACUUGCUAUUAUUGUUGAUGAAAAAGAGAAAUCGAUUAGUGAAACUGAACUUAAAUUAACCACUUGUAUUUCUAAUUAUGAAGCAAUUUUUAGCCAAAUUCAAUGGGAAAUAGAAAUAAUUGAUGAACUAACAGAAAAACAUACUAAAAGUUAUAAAGAAGCUAGAAUAAAAAUUCAAAAAGCAGUUGAUAAUGCAAUGAAAAAAUUAGCAAAAACUAUGAUGGAACAGCACAAUGAAAAAGUUAUAAAAAGCCAGGAGAUCCUUGAUACAAUAAACAAAGCCAUCAUAGAAGCAGAUGAAAAAUAUAAAAAAUUUACAGAAGAAAAAGAGAUAUUUGAAAAGGCUAAUCUACUGCAAAAAUUAGGAUGGAAAUUUAAUUAUGAUUUGAGUUUAGAAGCAAAUAUAAAUUAAAUAGUGCGGCGAACUGCUAACUCUUAUAAUACCUGUAGCUAGCAGUCUCGUUGGAAGAGCUGGUGUCCUUGUGAUAGAGAGGAAGGCGUUCGGGAAUGCUGGAGUUUUUCUUGUAUCAAUGCCAUGUCGAAAUAGUUUUUUAUCUGUAGGGAAAGGAAAUAUAAUAGUUGGAAAUAUAUUCCCCAGAUGCCAAAAGUGGGUUUCUUUGCCAAUCAGGCAUGCUUCUCAGUACAAUACCAGACUCUGCGUCCUGAGCUUUGAGCUUUUCGUUUUAGCUAUCAGAUGACCAGAAAAUUCUAUUUUUCUAAUUUUCUGGAAGCUAAUCUUUCUAACGCACAGUAUGGUGACCAAGAGUUUCCAACUCUCAGAGAGUGCAAGCUCUUUAGUGAGGAGCAACAAAGCGGAAAUCAGUUUCUGGACUGACAAGCAUAUAGCGGAGCGACAAUAGAGGCUACUAGUGAUCUAAAAUACGACCUACUGGGAAAUUCUGUCUCUAAGUAAGAGUUUAGAUACAAAAGAAUUUGAAGAUAUAAAUCAAAAAUUCAUUGAAGAAUCUGAAAAGCCCAGAAAUUAUAUAGAUGAUAUUCUUAAAGAAGUUAUGCAUAUAGUUAAAUAA